AUUCGUUAACAAUUAUCGUCUGCUAGACGUACGUUGUUAAUUUUCGCUGCCUCCGAUCGUUAUUGAACAGUGCAAUAAGAGAUGAGUGAUAAUCAGAAUUUUCAAACGGUUAAACUGCAAGGAAAAGUAGUAAGAGGAUUUGGUAGAGGUAGUAAAGAAAUCGGAAUUCCUACAGCUAAUUUCGAGCAAUCUGUCGUUGAGAGUCUGCCCACAGAAUUUCCAUGUGGGAUCUAUUUUGGAUGGGCUAAACUGAAUAAUGAACCAGUUAGGAAAAUGGUAGUUAGUGCUGGAUGGAAUCCCCAUUUCAAGGAUUUGAAAACAAAAGCAAUUGAAACUCACAUUUUACAUUCUUACAAUACUGAUUUUUAUGGAAGUGACUUGAGAAUUAUUAUAACAGGUUAUAUUAGAGAAGAGAAAAAGUUUGAUUCUUUAGAUGCUCUAAUUGAAGAGAUGCAAAACGAUAUUCGCUUUGCAAAAGAGAAAUUAGACCUUGAAGAGUACAAAAAAUAUAUUUCAGAUCCUUUUUUCAACUUGGUUAUACCACAACUACAACCAUUUUGUACUUCACACAUUCAAAUCAUGUUUCCUGACGAUAACAAACCCAAAGAUCCGCUAAUGGCGGAUUUUGACAAUCGCCUAUCAACUUUUCAGGACUACGACGAAGAGAGUCAGCCCUUAAAAAAAGAAGUUCUUUGUAAAGCUGGAUUUUUUUUUAUUGGACCAUUUGACAAUGUGAAAUGCUUCUUUUGUGGUUUAGCUGUAAAAAAUUGGAGGUCUACAGAUGAUCCAUGGCACCACCACGCGAGACUAUCACCAAAGUGCCCACAUGUUUUGAAAAUGAAGGGUCAAGAGUUUGUUCAAAAACUCAGAAUUUCAAAAGCGAAACUUUCAGAGAACACUCCAACAAUGGUGGCUGAUGAACCUUUUAAAGUACAUCCAGAUUUGUUUCGAAGGCUUGAAAGCGAAGACAGUAGUGAACCAAAAGAGCGGCCGGGCAAAAUGCUAAGUUCGAUGGAAUUACGUAUGAGAAUGAGUCAACCUUUUACCCGGGAAGUUACUGCCAUGUGUGAAGCUAAUUCUAUUCCUGCUGAUUUCGUUAGAAUGGCGCUUGAAAAUAGAUUUCAUGAAUGUGGAGAUGAUUUCGAAAAUGCUGAACAGUUCAUAAAGGGUAUAUAUAAACUAUUAGAUGCUAGAAAUGGAAGAGGAACAGCUGUAUUUACUAUUCAGUCAUCGGUGGAGUUGGAUAAAGAAAACGAAGAAAGUGAGAGUUGUAUUAGAAGUAAUAAGUCUUAG